GCGGAAGUGCGUCAACCAGUUUCCGGUUGCUCAGUGCACGCUUCCCUUCCGCGGUUUUGUGAAACGAAAAUCAUACGAGUGACUGUCGGCUUCCAGAAAACAAAGAGAUAAUGAGUAAAGCACACCCGCCCGAGCUGAAGAAGUUCAUGGAUAAAAAGCUUUCGUUGAAGUUGAAUGGAGGCAGGCACGUGCAGGGCAUCCUGCGGGGCUUCGACCCAUUCAUGAACCUGGUGUUAGACGACUCUCUGGAGAUGGGCCAGGGUGGACAACAGAACAGCAUCGGCAUGGUGGUCAUCAGGGGAAACAGCAUUAUCAUGCUGGAGGCCUUGGAGCGAGUAUGAGAGAUGGGCCGGCCACAAACGGGGGAGAAUCAUCCAUAACUUUUUAAAUUCUGUUUCCAUCUUAGUUACUUGUUUCUUUGAAAUAGGCAAAGCCGAUUGUUCUUCUUUGUAUUGUCCAAUUUUUGAUUUUCACCGACGUACGCGUUUCUUUUUUGUUUUGAGUCGUGUAAUGUUGUGAAUAAAUGAGUUUUUCUUUGGUA